AUGACACCUUUCCAUCUCCAACCUCAACCUGGCACACUAACACUCAGCCCUCUAUAUCUCAUCUCUCACCCAUCCCGAGUUUUCCGCCAAAAGCAAGACGGUUUUCGAGAACCGGAGGUGGUACAGUACGAUAUCGGUAUCAGUGCAGAAACCACUCUCUACUUCACCAUCACCAUCACCAUCACAGGCACAUCUCACAUCUCACAUCGCUCUCCUAAAGUCCUAGACCGUACAAAAAUAACCUCACCUCUUCCCAACACCCAAACCUCUAUCAAGACCCAAGACCCAAGUCGCCAAAUCCCCAAUAUCUCGUAUCUACAACCUCCACCAACAUCACCCACCCACCCAGUAUAA